AUCCCUUUAUUCUCACCAAAAUUUCUUCCCAUAAAUCCUUACCAAUCAAAAUUAUCAAGAACCCUCAACUUUUCCUUCAAAAAUCUUCAAUCUAAACCAUGGUACGCUUCAGUAACAGCUUAGUAGGCAUUCUCAACAUCAUCACGCUUCUUUUAUCAAUACCAAUAAUUGUUGCAGGCAUAUGGCUCUCAAGACAAGCCAGCUCAGAGUGUGAGAGGUUUCUUGAUACGCCAGUUAUAAUUUUAGGAGUCUUUAUUCUAGCCGUCUCUUUAGCUGGUAUAGUGGGUUCUUGCUGCAGAGUAUCAUGGCUUUUAUGGGUCUAUCUUUUGGUAAUGUUCUUGUUGAUUCUCUUGUUAUUAUCCUUCACAAUAUUUGCCUUUGUGGUUACAAAUAAAGGGGCUGGUGAAGCCUUGUCUGGUAGAGGGUACAAAGAGUACAGGCUUGGGGAUUAUUCAAAUUGGCUGCAGAAAAGGGUUAGAAGUGAUGAGAAUUGGAGAAAGAUUAGGAGUUGUUUGCAGGAUAGUAAGAUCUGUCAGAGGUUGCUUGAUACUGAAUCACCAACAGAUGUUCAAGACUUUUACAGAGAACACCUCUCUGCACUUCAGUCUGGUUGCUGUAAGCCAUCAAAUGACUGCAACUUCCAGUAUAUUAGCCCGACCAACUGGACUAGGACGUCAGCCUCGUCCUCAGCAAAUCCCGACUGCAGCGCCUGGAACAAUGAGCCAAAUACAUUGUGUUACAACUGCAACUCCUGCAAGGCCGGGCUGCUUGAUAACAUCAGGAGUGACUGGAAAAAGGUGGCUAUCAUCAAUAUCAUUAUCCUCGUUUUCCUUGUCAUUGUGUACUCUGUUGGAUGUUGCGCAUUUAGAAACAACAGAGAUGGAUGGAAGUGAUACUGACUAUGGAUGAGUAUCUUGAGGGUUUAAAAAUCUCUUCGAGUGCUAUGUUUUACUCUACCUGUGUUGCAUUAGCUUAGGUGUACAGGAUAUGUGGUUUCCUUGUUCAAAUCGAAUAAUUAGCCUAUUCUUGUAUGUCACUUUUUUUCAGUCUUCUAGUUUGGUGCC